AUGCAAUCUUUAUCGCCAUUUUCCAUCCACCAUCUCCUAUUUUCCUUCGCCGUUCAAUGUUUGUUGAGAAUCUCGUUUUGCCAAGAUGGGUUUUGCUCCGCGCCAUCGAUCUUGGAGGCUCAGCCACUCUAUUGGAAAGCCACCAAUCCAACUCUCGCACCCUCUCAUCUUCAAGACUUGCCAGGAUUUACACGCAGUGUUUACAUGAGGGACCAUGCUCUGAUAACUCCCGAAAGUCAUGUCUUUAGCCCUUUGCCCAACUGGACUAAUACAUUGGGUGCUUAUCUCAUUACACCACCAAUGGGGUCACAUUUCGUUAUGUACUUGGCAAAGAUGCAAGAGAAUUCAAGAUCAGGGCGUCCACUUAAGGAUGUUGAGAGGUUUAUAUUCGUGCUUCAGGGAGUGGUGACUCUCGGUGAUGCAUCAGGCAUUACACACGAACUAGAGGUGGAUUCAUAUGCCUAUCUUCCUCCAAACGCAGAGCAUUCGUUGAACUCAAGUGCAUCUGCCACACUUAUUAUAUUUGAAAGAAGGCACAAUUACUUGGAAAAUCAUGCUCCCGAACAGAUUAUUGGUUCAACAGAUGAGCAGCCCCUUCUAGAGACCCCGGGAGAGGUCUUUGAGCUAAGGAAGCUACUUCCAACUUCAUUGCCUUAUGAUUUCAACAUUCAUAUCAUGGAUUUUCAACCCGGUGAAUUCCUCAAUGUAAAGGAAGUUCACUAUAACCAGCAUGGUUUGUUGCUUUUGGAAGGUCAAGGCAUAUACCGCUUAGGUGAUAGCUGGUAUCCUGUUCAAGCUGGUGAUGCAAUUUGGAUGGCCCCAUUUGUGCCUCAAUGGUAUGCUGCACUCGGCAAAACAAAGUCGCGCUAUUUAUUGUACAAAGAUGUCAACAGGAACCCUUUGUAA